GGCGGGGUGGAGCGCGCCGGAGCAUCCCUGGAGCAUCCCUUGGAUGUCCCAGCGCUGGGAAUGCGCUGCCUGUGACAUCCCUCGCCGGGACCCUGCUGCGCCCCCAAGGAGAUCGUAACAACCCCCCGGGGAUGGGCUCAGCUCCACCAGGGUGAGCCCAAAUCCUGCCAGAACUUUGAGGCGCCCCUUCCCCCGAGGCUGCUGCUCGACGGGAUGCUGGGAUUUCCCAUGGACUGACUCAGACUGGGAGGGAAACUCGGGUGCUCUAUGUAGGUCAGCCCCUCGCUGCUGCUGCUGCUGCAGCUCCGGCCACGGCGGCUGCAGGAGGCUCCCAUGGAGGUGCCACACGUCCUGAGCACUGCCGAGGUCAGGUAAUAGAGAGGCACUCGAAGUUUGACUCACCCGUGAUGAAUACUUGAUCAGCCCUAAAAGCAAACCAGGUCACCUCACCCCGCACGAGAAGCACCGAAGCACUCGCUGCUGCUGCUGCUGCUGCUGCUGGUGGCCUGGUUUGGGUUGAAAAUCAGCAUUUUGAAGCUUUUACUGAGGACUCUGCCCCCCCUCCAGGGAAAACUGCCAUUCCUGCCAGCAGGAUUUGCUCCGUGGCUUUUUAGCCCUCAGACUAUGCCGCAGUCCAGCCCAUGGCGGGGCCCGGCCAGGCUUUGGUGCUGCCCGUCCUGCUCUGCUGCCUGUGCCCAGGUGCUGCGAGCAUCGAGUGCAAGGGGCGCGUCUGGAUCGAGCCCGCGCCGGUGGUGCGGAUGGGCUCCGACAUCUCCAUCGGCUGCCAGUCCUGGCUGGGCUGCCCCUCGGCGCAGCUCCUCAUCCUCCUCAACUACAGCCUCGCCGAGGGGACCCCGCUGGCCCUGCCCGGCGGCGCCGUGCGGCUCCGGCUGCGCCGUUUCCAGAUGCCCUUCGCCACCGUCACCUGCUUCUCCCGCUGCGCCCGGAGGGACCGCCUGGUGUGCGGCGCGGAGCUCCGGGCGGGCUACCCUCCGGACCCCCCCGGCAACCUGAGCUGCGCCAUCGCCGAGGGCUCGGAGCGCCUGGAGUGCGGCUGGGAUGGGGGACGGCUCACACACCUGCCCACGCGGAACAGCCUCCACCUGCGCAGGGUGCUGGCACAGGAUGAGGAGGAUGAGGAAGAAAAGGUCUUCCCUGCAGACUCACCUGUGCUGCUGAGAGAGCUGCACAAUGACAGCCACUACUCGGCGUGGGUGCAGGCCAGCAACGCGCUGGGCACUGCCCGCUCGGCCCCUCGGCAUCUCAGCCUGCAGGAGCUCGUGGUCCCCGCUCUGCCCGAGGUCAUCGGCGCCGAGACGACGGAGACGUCGCCUGCCAGCACCACCACGCGCUGGAGGAGCCGGAGCCGGCUGAGGAACGUGCACUGCGAGGAGAGGCACAGAGCCACGGGCACCCCGACGUGGCACGUGGAGCCGUGCGACACGGUGGCACUGGAGGGUCCCAGCUGGCGGCACGAGCUGCAGAGCGACACCGAGUUCGUGUUCCAGGCCAGGUGCCGGCUCGGCACCGCCCACAGCCCCUGGAGCGCCUGGAGCCCCCCCUUCCUGUACCGCACCCCCGAGGCAGCCCCCGCCGCCGCUCCCGCCGUGUGGCGGCGCCUGGGCCCGGCCCUGCCCAACGGCAGCCACGAGGUGACGGUCUUGAUCAAGCCGCUGGCAGCCCGGGAUGCCCGCGGGAGGAUCCUGGGCUACGCCGUGAGCGCCGAGAGCCCCGCGGGAGCGCGGCUGCUGUGCCGCACCGCCGGCACCGAGUGCACGGUGCUGGUGCCGCCGGGAGCCCGCCGCCUCCUCGUCACCGCCCGCAAUUCCAAAGGGGCUUCCAGCCCUGCCAGCAUCCCCCUAAGCCGGGCUGCGGCUCAGGAAGAAUUCCCAGCCCCAGAGGCCGUGGAGGUGAAGGCUGAGCAGCAGAGCAGGUUCCUGGUCCAGUGGCGGCCCCCGCGGCAGAGCCGGAGCCCCCUGCUCUGGUUCAUCCUGGAGUGGGGCUCCAGCUCCCAGCACGGCCAGCAGGAGCAGUACAGCUGGGAGAGAGUGCCACACCAGGAAACACACACCUACAUCCAAGGGCCGGCGGCGGGGGCCCCCCCGCGCGUGUGGCUGUUCGCGGUGUACCCCGGCGGGAUCAGCGCGCCCGGCUCCAGCCCAGCCCCGGCAGAGGAGCCGCUCCUGGGCAGCGCCUACAGCGAGAUGCCUCAGGAUGGUGACAUCAGAGUUUUCCUGGGACUGAGCCUCAGCGUGGUCGGAUUAUCGGUUCUUUUUGCAAUUGUGAUGUUUAAAAAAUCAGUCAGGAAAAGGAUCAAAGCCACCCUUGUGUCCCUCUUGCCAAAGUGGCUGUUUGAAGACUUUCCCCACAUGGAGAACAGCAGCGUGGUGAAGUCACUCCAGGACAAGGCUGAUUUCCCCGGUGACAGCCUCCAGGAGCCGUUCCUGGCCCCCGCUGACCCCGCGGUCACGCAGGUCGAGGAGGUGCCGGCGCAGGAGCGGCACCAGAGCCUGGACACCAAGGCCAGGGCAGAGGUGCCCGGGCCCAGGGAGCUCCCGAGGACCCCCAGCACCCCGGCCCCGGGGCAGCUGGGUGCCUACAAACCCCAGCUCUCCGACGGGAACGCUUUGGGAUACGUCGCUGCUGGAAUCUACCGGGCGCAGCCGCCCGUGGCAGUCCCGCAGCCAGGGGUGGGAAUCUUUUCCCGGGACUACACCAGCCCCGUCCCCCAGCUGUGGGAGCAGCAGGGAGGGACGCCCCAGGUGUGCCUGCUGGAGAAGAUCAACCUCGUGCUCAACAGCAGCCUGGAAUUCCCAGGGCAGGCGGGACACGGCUCCGUCCCGGAGCAGCGCUGGGAGCCGCCCGGCGAUGGCCCCCAGCAGAUGCUGGUCCCCGAGGAGCUGCUGUCCUGCCUGAGAGCCACCAACAGGGAGUCUGUGGAUGCAAAUCCCCACAGAGCAUGGGAGGGCUGUCCUGAGAGGAGCUGGAAUUGGGGAUAAAGCCCUGGAGCAGCGACCGAGGCGGCGCCAGCACCGGCAUUGCCAAUGGAAGAGCCAGAGCAAAACUCCCCAUUGGAAUUUUGCCCUCUUACUCCACUGCAGGUUCUUGUGGCUGCCUGGGAAUCCUGAGCCAGCAAAUCCCAAUUUUAACCUUACCUCACACUGGCAGAAGCAAAAAAGCCCAUAAAGCUUGGAUUCCUGGAAUGCCAAGCAGGAGAUUCCUGCGGGGUGCAAUAACUUCAGUUACUGCUCAGCAUCGUCCUCUUGUUAAAGGUUUGGAGCACUUCAUUCCCAAAGGUUUGGAGCACUUCAUUCCCAAAGGUUUGAAGCAUUUCAUUCCCAAAUGUUUGAAGCAUUUCAUUCCCAAAUGUUUGGAGCACUUCAUUCCCAAAUGUUUGGAGCACUUCAUUCCCAAAGGUUUGAAGCAUUUCAUUCCCAAAUGUUUGAAGCAUUUCAUUCCCAAUGUUUGGAGCAUUUCAUUCCCAAAUGUUUGGAGCACUUCAUUCCCAAAGGUUUGAAGCAUUUCAUUCCCAAAGGUUUGGACCACUUCAUUCCCAAUGUUUGGAGAACUUCAUUCCCAAAGGUUUGAAGCAUUUCAUUCCCAAAGGUUUGGAGCACUUCAUUCCCAAUGUUUGGAGCAUUUCAUUCCCAAAUGUUUGGAGCACUUCAUUUCUGGAGCUACUUGCAGUUCAAAUGGAUAAAAAAAAUCCCUCAGACAUCCUGGCAGAGAAGUGGAAAAUAUUUUGGGAUUGCUCCUGAUGAACAGACCAAGGAGGAUUUAUGAGUCACACGGAAUCUUUUCUGUAUUUCAUUUUCCUCCCAUUCCCAAUAAAAACCCACUCGGGUAAGAACAAACCUCCACCUCCUGCCAGGCUGAUUUAAAAUCCCUCUGAACUGGGUGAGGGAUUUAUCAUGUCACAGUGCUUUGUCACACUCAGCCUCGCUGUGGAAGGGCAGUGUGGCACAGGAAAAUGGGAUUUAUCAGGCACAUGAGCAUGGAUUUGGAUCUUUGGGCACCCAGAAGGUGAAACACAGCAGCCCUGAAACCAUUUCCAGGUGUUCUGAGACUUACAAACUAUUCCCAAAUAUUAUUUUUUUUUUUAAUUUUUCCUAGGCAAUGUGAGCAUUUCUCCAUCGGCUGUUGCACAAAUGGAUUAAUUUUGUGGUUUGUCCUCAAAACUUCCAAACCUCCCCCGUGUGUGCCGUGCUUGCUCCUUCCGUGCCCCCAGGAACCUGUCGCUGUUCCCAGAGGAGCAGUGGCCUGGCAAGGAGGGGAGGAUUCUUCUUGAGAGGCAGAAAAAACCACAGAAAUGUGAGUGUGGCACGGCAGGGAGCCUAAAAUGAAAUUAGAGAGUGCUGCCUGAGCAGGAAGGAAGUUGUACAAGAGCACCACACGACCUCGAGCAGCCCGGGCGUGAGGCGGGGAAGGUUUUUUUCCUUUUAUUUCAGCGUCCACAUCCUGAGACUUUGUGCUGCUCUUUCACCUGAGCUGCCAAACCUCCAGGUGGCAGAUGCUCCUCUGGCCAGCACACAGGGAGCUGCUGGGUGGAUUUCCAGCCCCGGGAGGGAUCCCUGCUGGCAGAGCAGUGGGCAGAGGGGCACAGCUCCAGCUCUGCCAGCAGCGGGGCAGGGAGGGAGAAUUCCCAGCUCCCACCGUGGAUGCACAGCAGAGAGCCACCAGUGCCACGCUCCCACUGAUCCCUGGGGAAAAAGGGAGUAUCUCUGCUAGUAAAGGGAAUAUUUCUGCUAAAGGGAAUAUCUCACAGGUGCCCAGAGAUACUUCCACAUCCCUGGAAGUGUCCCAGGCCAGGCUGGACAGGGCUGGGAACAGCCUGGGACAGUGGGAGGUGUCCCUGCCACGGCAGGGGUGGGAUUGGAUGGGAUUUAAGGUCAAACCCGAACCAUUCUGGGAUUCUGUGAUCCCAAACACCACCCCAGGCUGCUCCAAGCCCCAUCCAGCCUGGCCUGGAACACUUCCAGUGAUGGGGCAUCCCAUGAAUCCGAUCACAAAGUCACUCCCAGCUGAUUUAUUUUAACUUCUCAGGGAUCCCUCCUUCCCUCAAAUAUUACAAACCCCCUCAUUUUCAACACCAGGAUUUUCUAUCCCCUGUUUUAAGCUUGGUUUUACCGUUGGCAGUUGGAUCCAGUGCCAGAGAUCCUCACUUCUUGUUUAUCAGCUCAGGAAUGAAUUCCAUGAUUUUCACUCCCCACAGAGAUGCACCACGGUGCUGUCUCAUCACUACCAAAGUUCUCACCAAAAAAAAGUUGUUUUUUUUUUUAUAUAAGGGGAAGGAGGGAACAAGUUAAAAGAAACAAGAAGUUGGGUGCAGGCAGUUCAGGGGGGCUGGAGAACAGAAGGUGCCACCCACCCCUGCUCUGAGCUCCAGCCCAUCAGAGCAGGGGGCUGAAGGAGCAAGGAGCUCCCACCACCACCAGAGACCAGCCAGAGACUCCCCCGUGGGACUUGUUUACCUCUUCAAAGUCAGCCCGGGGAUUUAACCUGAAUUUAACAGGGAUUUAACCUGAAACGAGACCAAAGAAACAAUAAAUAAAUGUA